AUGGGCGGCCGCUGCACCCGGCGCGCCUCCAGUCCGUCGCAGACCCAGCUCGGCGACUUCAAUUUGGUCCGUUCGAUCGGGAAGGGCGCCUUUGGCAAGGUGAGUGAGAUUGGCAUCAAAUGGAUUGCAUUUUUAGAAAAGGCUGUAUGUUAGACGUCAGAGUUGAUGAUGAUUGAAAUUUUUUGAUAUAAAACGGAUUUUUGGCUUUUAAAUAUAAGCAAAUUCCGCAUACUGUGACUUUGAAUUUUUGCAAAAGCCGAAAAAAAUUUAGUUGUGUCCAAUUCGAUAGAAGAAAAUAAGGUUUUUAGUCAUCAAAAAUCUAUUCUGAGCAGUAAUUUUUUUCAGGUCGGUAUAGUUUACCAUCGUGGGAUGAAGAAGCACUACGCCAUGAAAUACAUGUGCAAGACCCGACUUCUCCACAAAAACGUGGCCUUCAACGUGUUGCGGGAGUUGCAGAUCCUCCAGGAGCUCAGUCAUCCGUUCAUUGUCAACCUCUGGUUCACUUUUAUUGUAAGUCCGAUGUGCAUACUCACGGAUGUUACAUUUAGCACCUAAAUAUUUGACACUGUACUCUACAGCAUUCAUAGUCGACUUCUUUCAGGACGAGGACUACAUUUACAUGGUGAACGACCUUCUCCUCGGCGGAGAUCUCCGUUAUCAUCUCAUGCAAUGCGGCCGCUUCACCGAGGCCCGUUGCAAGCUCUAUGUCUGCGAGAUAGCCUUGGCCCUGGACUAUCUGCACACGAGGAACAUUAUGCAUCGAGAUCUGAAGCCCGAGAAUAUUCUCCUCGACGAUCAAGGGCACGCCCACCUCACGGACUUCAAUUUGGCCACCAAGAUUGGAGAGGGAAUGUUGGCAACCAGUUUCUCGGGCACAAGGCCCUACAUGGCCCCGGAAAUCUUGGCCACAGCGUUGGGACAACGCGAGGGAUACGAUGUUUGCGCGGAUUGGUGGUCGCUGGGGGUGUGUCUAUACGAAAUGUUGAGGGGAAGAAGGCCGUUUGAGUUCCAUUCUUCUUCCAGUACAAUACAGGUGAGCCGAGAGGCAUUUUUUAUUUUCUUUCCCUUUAGUUUUUUUUCUUUUUUCGAAAAUGAUCUACCUAAAGCUAUAUAUGUAAAUUUGUAAGAUCAUAGAAAUUUCAAUUUUUGCAGGUCUUAUCCUUAAUGAUAAACGGGUCUAUAACGCUGCCAGCCGAAUGGCCAAAUGAUCUCAAGAAGUUCAUCCUCGACCUCCUUUGCCCAUCAACUCGAAGACGUACAAAUACGCUCCAAAAGUUCGCGAAACACGAUUAUAUGCAACGAAUCGACUUUGACAAUGUGCUUGCAAGGUAAGAGUCGUUGGUUUGCAAAAAACUAACAACUUUUUGGUCAGCGAUCCCGAGGACAAAUAGGAAAAAAUUAAUUUCUACUAAAAUUUCAUAGACAAUAGUCAGAAGGGAGUUUUUCAAAGCGUCAAAAUUUAUGAUCUUUGUAGACUAAAGGCUAUGGGAAAGAGGAGAGGCGGUCAGAGAAAUCUUCUUUUUUUCUUUUGCGCGGGAAAAAAGUUUUUUUUUUUGAAAAUGGCCUAAACGGAGCACCAACUGAAGUUUAAACGCAAAUUUACUAGCCAUUUUGGUCAUCAGUGAGCCAAAAUUUCUUGAACAAUAUUGAUCUUCCCUUUUCAGACGGGUAAUCCCAUCGUUUGUGCCGAAACGCACCCGAUUAAACUGCGAUCCCACCUACGAAUUGGAGGAGCGAAUCUGCGAAUCCUCCCCUCUUUACGGCCGCCAUCGGCAUCGACGGAAAAAGAAUUCUCAAACACCCAGGGAUUCGAAUGAUGUUGAUGCUCUGAACAGGACAGCGAUGAGUCAGGAAGAGCAAUUGGAUCGCACCUUCCGCCCCUACAAUCGUUUCAGAGCUUCGGCGGAGAAGGAAAACGAGGAAACGAAGAUGGAUCAGAGUCCGUUGCCUUCAACCUCAUCUCCAAAUAAUCGACCGUCCCAGGCACAGCUGUCGAUUACAUCAAGGAGUACCAAUUGCUCGUUUGGAGGGAGGAGGUGAGGAUUCGAGGCGUUUAGUAAUCUUACCCAAUCCUUCCAGACUCCUCGACCUCACGGAUUCCAAUUCGCCGCUCAACUUUUCCCCGGCUUCUUCCACUUGUUCCAUUAGUAAUAACACUUCGAUUUUGAAGAGUCGAACUGUCACUACGGGCAAUAACAAGGUCGAAUUGGAUGGGAAAUUGUCCAAGAUCUCCGAAUUGGGGACAUAA